AUGCUGGCCAACUGGACAGUGGCGAUAGUUCAAAAAAACGUCUUCCUUCGUUGGAAAAACGCCUUUGGGAGACUCACGGCCAAUCAGGCUUUGGGAGACGCUAUUCAUUCUACUAUAUUUGGUCUGAUCUACGCUCCGAUGCUCAUUUUGUGAGUUUUAGAACAAGAAAAAAGGAGUAAUGCGCAGGAAAUGGGGAAAGAAGUUGGAAAGACCGAUAAAUUUUGAUCCAAAAAUCUCUUAGUCGCCAUGAAAUUGUAGAUCACUUUGCACAAAAAUUUUCAAAUAUGAAAUUUUUCUCAUAAAAGUUAUAAAAAAGGAAAUUAUCAAGAUUCUACAGGUUCACUGGCAGUUCAUUCUAGAUUGAAAAAAAAAAUAAUUAAAAAAAUCCUUCAAAAACUGACAAAACAGUGAUUAUCAUUAGAGCGCACUUACUCUUUCUUCGGUCUAGGCUAUUUAUUCGAAAAGUUCUCAAGAAAGUAAAGAAAAAUUACAGUGACAUCCAACUAAUCCGGGAGAACUCUCAACACGUCGGCCACGCCCUUCUGAUUUGCUACGACAUCAGCGUUUAUUCUCAUCUUUUCAUAUCUUUGAACCGAUUCUGUGCCAUAUUUUUCCCAAUCAACUACGACCAUCUGUUUAAGUAAGCUCCAAAACUUAACACAUAAAACUAGAGAGAGACGAUUCUCACAAUUCUUCUAGCAGUCUACAAAAAAUCACUCAUUUUCCAGCAAAUCGACCACCACGAAAAUCAUUAUUGUAACUUGGAUCGUCCCGAUCGUUUCUUCUUUUUAUUUGUAUACUUACGGUUUGUUGAAUCCCACUUUCCGGGGCUUUUAAAUCAAGGCCACACGUAGAAUGACUCGAAGCGUCGCGGUCGCGUUGCGUUUUGACGUUCAAAAAUAAAGCUUUCAGUUUCGAGUACUCAACGCGCGGUUUUUCUUUUUUCCAUGCUAUAACAUGUUACGGUGUAAAACCGUUUUUGGUCGGGCGCGUUCUGGUAACCGUGACGCGUAGUCAUUAUUUCCAGACCACUUCAAGACGUUAGAAUAAAGUACAAGUUAAUAAAUUUAAGAAGACUGCGCCCUAGUUCAUAUUCACGAUUUACGACUAUUUAUGUUUCUAACCACGCCUUCUUGUCUUAUAAUCACUUGGUACGCCGAUUUCUUGAAAUAUGUAUCUCUUGUGGUGCUAAUCGCUGUGAUUGAUGUCGUGACAGUUAUCAAAGUCCGCCUCACUAAUAAACAGGUAAUCAAAAAACGGUUACUUCUGAGGUGUCAAAGGUUUCUCGAGUCGAGACCUUUAUAAGCUUCUCUAUGCUCUUUUGAACUAUUCAGCAAGUAUUUUCGCCGAGUUUCAAGGGAAAAAUUAUUUUAGAAAUCUCAGAUUUCUACCGAUCAAAACUUCAGUUCAAGCCGUCGCAAAAAAGAGAUUAA